AUGGGUGGCGUCUUCAGCGGACCGCCCAUUGUGGUCUUCGAUGCCACCGGUACAGAGGGCAAUGCUGUGGUAAGGUGCCUUCUGCAACACCGCACCCGUGUCCGAGCUGUUGUGCCUGAUGCGACAUCCUUUUCAGCUCAGCAUCUGGAGAAGCUGGGUGCAGAGGUCUUUGAGCACACGAAUGAUGUGAAGGGACUCGCCGAAAUCCUUGAAGGUGCACAUGGAGCCUACUGUACCUUGAAUCCGUUCAGCUGUUCUGCACGUGGAACCCAGCUGGCUGCAAAAAGAUUUGCUGCUGCUGCGAAGGCAGCUAAUCUUGAGCAUGUCAUUUGGUCCACUUUCGAAGACACAUGCGCUAUAAUUCCGGACGACUCAGAAACCUUGCCCCUGGACAAGUCACGAUGCAGAGUGCCUCUAUUCGACGGCAGGGGCCGAAGUGAUCACUACUUCAAUGAAGCAGAAGUUCCAACAACUUUUCUCAUACCGUCUUUCUUCUAUGAAAGUUUUUUGGACUUUGAAGCCCUUGGCUUCUUACCGCGCCGAGCGCCGAACGGACAACUUUUCGUCGAGCUGCCGAUCAGCCGCGAUCAGCCAGUGCCCUUGGUGUCUGCAGAGGACGUCGCUGAGUGUGCCCGACAGAUUUUUCGCAAGGGGAAGGACAUGCUCAGGAAAUAUGUGCCUGUGUGUGGAGAUCUGCUUACUGGAUCGCAGAUCGCAGGAGUGUUUUCCAAACACUUGGGAGAAGAGGUGGCCUUCAGAUAUUUGCCUCCAGCCGAAUUCCGCAAAAUGCAUGCUUCCAAGUCCGAGGCCCUAGGAUUAAUGUUUCAAUACUUCAAGGACUGCAACGAGGAAGCCUGCAAGAUCCGCAGCAUCUCAAGAACACAGGAGCUGGUGGCUGCAGCAAGACCUUUGCAUGCCUGGUUUUCCUCUGGAAGGGACCAUGUCCAGGCUUUGCAGCGGAACUUGAAGAUCAUCACGGUGUUUGGUGCAACUGGUGCACAGGGUGGUGCCCUGGUACGUGCUAUCCUGCAGGAUCCUGGCAGGGCCUUUGCGGUUCGUGCCGUCACCAGAGACGCGCUCUCCAAGGCAUCCCUGGCUUUGGCGGACUUGGGCGCGGAAGUUGUGCAGUGCAACAUUGACGACAAGGAACAGGUCAAGGAAGCAAUGAAAGGAGCGUACGGCGCCUUUUGCAUCACUUUCUUCUGGGACCAUUUCUCUCCUGAGAAAGAAUGUGCCCAUGCAAAGAUCUACGCAGAGGCUGCUGCCGAGACACAGGUUUGCCAUGUGAUCUGGUCCACCGCGGAAGACACCAAUGGCAUCGUGCCGCCGCAUGACUAUCGCAUACCGCGGAUCCAGAAGAAGUCUGUGGUACCGCUCUUCGACGGCAAGGGCCGGGGCGAUGCUUUUUUCCAGAGCCUUCAGAUUCCGACGACAUUCCUCACGCCUGCAUUCUAUUUCGAGAAUUUGAUCACUUUUGCCAUGGGUCCCAAGCUGUGCUCUGGCGGCCCUGGCGAUGCAACAUUCAUGCUUCCAAUGAAGACCAGGGCACUGCCCCUGAUCGCUGCAGCGGACAUAGGCCUUGUUGCAUAUCACAUCUUUCAAAACUCUGAGCUUGUCGGACACCAUGUUCCAGCUUGUGGCGAACUUCUGACUGGUCCUGAGAUAGCGGACCACCUCUCAAGCUCUUUGGGGACCGAGGUUCGUUUCAAGUGUGUUGACCAGGACGAAUUCAGCAGCAGCGGUGUCCUUGCAGCUGACUACUGGUUUAAUGCUUUCCAAUACUGCCGUUACUACAAUGAUUCGUGCAUGCAUCGCAGAAACCCGGCAAAGUCGAGGGAGUUGCACCCGCAGAUGCAGGGUUUAACAAUGUGGCUGAGACAGAACAAGGCCGGCUUGACUCCGUUCAGUGCCGCCCCCGUUUCAGCUGACCAAGGAGGCAGCUAG